GGGGCCUUGGCGUGGGCGGAGCCUCCUCGAGUUCCGGAGUAGAGUCGCUGGCCGCCUUUGCUGUAGCCGAUAUGCAGCCGCCGCCCCGAAAAGUGAAGCCGGUCCAGGAGGUGAAACUUCGCUUCUUGGAGCAGCUGAGCAUCCUUCAGAACCGGCAACAGAGAGAGGCGGAUCUGCUGGAGGACAUCAGAUCCUACAGCAAGCAGAGGGCAGCCAUUGAACGGGAGUAUGGCCAGGCACUCCAAAAACUGGCAGGCCCAUUUCUGAAAAGGGAAGGACAGCGGAGCGGGGAGGUGGACAGCAGGACAGUGUUUGGUGCUUGGCGCUGCCUUCUGGAUGCCACUGUGACUGGAGGCCAAAUCCGGCUCCAAGCGUCUGACCGAUACCGUGACCUAGCAGGGGGCACUGGGCGGAGUGCCAAGGAACAGGUUCUUAGGAAGGGUACAGAGAACCUCCAGAGAGCACAGGCUGAGGUGCUACAGUCUGUCCGGGAGCUGAGCCGAAGUCGGAAGCUGUACGGGCAGCGAGAACGUGUAUGGGCCUUGGCCCAGGAGAAGGCAGCUGAUGUCCAGGCUAGGCUGAACCGAAGUGACCAUGGGAUCUUCCACUCUCGAACCAGUCUCCAGAAACUGAGCACCAAGCUGUCUGCCCAGUCAGUCCAGUACUCCCAGCAGUUGAGAACAGCUCGCAAUGAGUACCUGCUGAAUUUGGUGGCCACCAAUGCUCACCUUGCCCACUACUACCAAGAAGAACUGCCACUCCUGCUCAAGGCCCUGGCAAGUGAUCUGUCGGAACAUUUGAGGGACCCCCUGACUUUACUGAGCCAUACUGAGCUGGAAGCCGCAGAGAUGAUCCUGGAGCAUGCCCGCCACGGGGGGCAGGCAACCUCUCAGGUAAACUGGGAACAGGAUGUGAAGCUGUUUCUUCAGGGGCCUGGAGUCUUUUCCCCCACCCCACCUCAGCAGUUCCAGCCAGCAGGGGCUGAUCAAGUCUGUGUCCUAGAGCAGGGAGCAGGAGGCACAGCUGGGGAAAGUGGCCUGGAGAAAGAGGUUCAGCACUGGACAAGCAGAGCUGCCCGAGACUACAAGAUCCAGCACCAUGGGCAUCGGGUACUGCAGCGGCUGGAGCAGAGGCGGCAGCAGGCUCCAGAGCGAGAAGCUUCAGGCAUAGAACAGAGGAUACAGGAAGUGAGGGAGAGUGUCCGGCGGGCACAGGUGAGCCAGGUGAAGGGGGCUGCCCGGCUGGCCCUGUUACAGGGGGCUGGCCUAGAUGUGCAGUGCUGGCUGAAGCCAGCCAUGACGCAAGCCCAGGAUGAGGUGGAGCAGGAACGACGGCUUAGUGAGGCUCGGCUAUCCCAGAGGGACCUCUCCCCCACGGCUGAGGAUGCUGAGCUGUCUGACUUCGAUGAAUGUGAGGAGGCUGGGGAGCUCUUUGAGGAACCUGCUCCCCCAGCUCUGGCCACCAGGCCUCUCCCCUGCCCUGCACAUGUGGUGUUUGGCUACCAGGCAGGGCGUGAGGAUGAGCUGACCAUCACAGAGGGUGAAUGGCUGGAGAUCAUAGAGGAAGGAGAUGCUGAUGAAUGGGUUAAGGCUCGGAACCAGCAUGGUGAGGCAGGCUUUGUCCCUGAGCGGUAUCUCAACUUCCCGGAUCUCUCCCUUCCUGAGAGAAGCAAUGACGGUGAAAAUUCCUCAGGGGCAGAACCCACAGCUUUCUUGGCCCGAGCCCUAUACAGCUACAUUGGACAAAGUGAAGAGGAGCUGAGCUUCCCUGAGGGGGCGCUCAUACGUCUGCUGCCCAGGGCUCAAGAUGGAGUGGAUGAUGGCUUCUGGAGGGGAGAAUUUGGGGGCCAUGUUGGAGUCUUCCCCUCCCUACUGGUGGAAGAGCUGCUUGGCCCCCCAGGGCCACCAGAAUUCUCUAACCCCGAACAGGUGCUGCCAUCCCCUUCCCCUCCCAGUUUCUCCCCUCCUGUACCCACCUGUGCCUUGGAUGGAUCCCCUGUAUCUGCUCUGCCUGGGGACAAAGCUUUGGACUGCCCUGGACCCCUGGACAUGAUGGUGCCUCGACUCAGGCCGAUGCGUCCACCACCUCCCCCACCAGCUAAAGCUCCAGAUCUUGGCCACCCGGAUUCUCUCACAUGAAGGCCAGGGGGAUCACUGCCCCCCAGUGAUGCUGCUGCCUCUAUCUCCAUGCUGUUGGAAACUGCUCUCUCAAAUUAUCUGGAGCGACACAGGCAAAAGCUACAGUCUUUUCCCAUGUCCACUCACUUCCAGGGGUAGAAACUUACCCUGUUCCCAUUUCUGGGGUUUAAACCUACUCCUUUCCCCAUUGCUCUUUUGCAGUCUCUAUGGCUGGAACCAUUCCUUUUCUUCUGCCAUCACCCCAUCUCUAGGGUGGUAAAAUACCCCAAAAUCUGUGGGUCUGGAACCCACUCCUCAAAGCCUUGAAUGGCCCAUCUUUGUCUUCACUCUGCCUCUGUGGUCAACCCCACCCUGGAUGCCAAGGUCACUGGGCUUGGGGUCAGGAGAGGAGCAGAAGUCAGAAGGAGCUAGAGCCAGGAUGCAAAGCAACUAUAAUGGUCUGAGCGGAUUUAUUGAGAGUGAAUAAAGGGCAUGAA